GACGAGGCCCGCGAGUUCUCCGAGAAAAUGGAUUCGGAGGCACUCAGGCAGGGGCUGCUCGCCCUGCUGGAGGAGAAGUUCCCCAAAGGGGCUCUGGCGGUGUCCGGCCACAUGCAGCUCUGCGCCGCCAACGACGGCCACGAGGAGCCGCCGACCUCGUCCACGAUGACCACCCGCACG